AUGGACGUGGAGCAUCCCUGCGAAGAGGCUCUCUCCAGCUUGCUCCUGGAGGAUGUCAAGCAGAGGCUGCGGAGAGCGUUCAGGGGACCGAGGCUGGCAGCGAGGCUGGACAGAGGGAAGGGGACCCUGGCCGUCCAGGAGGAGCUGCGCAGGGCACACAUAGAGGGAGCCAUUGCCUGGCUGCGGGCAGAGCUGCUGGAAAUGAAGUCUCAGAACCGCCAGCUUGCCAAAACUCUGCUGGAUUUAAGCACAGACAUACAGAGACUGAGAAAUGAAACUGAGGUGACGGUGGAUCUGGAACCGAAGACCCUGAGCAUUGCUGAAAGUCCAGAAUAA